AUGCCCUCCUCCUACAAUCAUCCGAAUGCACGCCCGCACCCGCGCAUUAGCAUCGCGCCCAGCGCCGCGCGUCCAGCAAGCCCUGCAGCGCCGUCUGCGUGGUCGCCGUAUGCAUUCGAGCUCGACAGUCCGACCGCGAGGGACGUUAAUGCGGAGGGCGACGGUCGGGACAUGUUCUUGUCCCCGAAUACGCCCCUCGAUCCUCGGCUGAGCGUACCUGCACGUCCUCGCAGCCGGGCGGCCAGUGCAUAUGAGCUCGACGCAGCCCCUGUCUUCCCCGAAGCUCGCGUUUACCGACUUGAUGCAGAAGAGGGUCUACGACGAUUUCAGUCCGGUGAGCUGCCCGAGUCAGAUCGAGAGUGGUACCGCCUCGUCCCACCAGAAGCGCGUGAAGCGCUCGGAAAGAAAGAGGUCCACCGACAAUCAGUCCUCUUUGAGAUCAUCAAGACUGAAGCCGACUAUGUCGACAGCCUGCGACUUGUCUCUGAGGUUUAUAUCCAGCCUCUGGUUAACUCGGAACCGCCUAUAAUACCUAGAGAACGUCUUCGCGGCUUCAUCAAGGAAGUGUUUUACAAUCUGGAUGAAAUCCUGGCCCACCACCAGCGGAUGCUCGGUGAUCUCUUUCAGCGCCAGAGAGAGCAGCAUCCCCUCCUACAAAGUAUAUCCGAUAUUAUACUGGAUACUUGCCUCCUGUUCCAGAACGAGUACGAGACAUAUAUCAAGCACUACCCUUUGUCCGAAGGACGGCAUCGGUCAGAGCUUAGGCGAAACCAGGAGUAUGACUACUUCAUACGGCAAGCGUCCAGAGAUCCGAAAACGUAUAAGCGCGAUUUGAUGGAUUUCAUAUCUCGACCUAUCAUCCGCCUCCCCCGUUUGAAACUUCUGCUGGAACAAGUACUCAAAUAUACAGAACUCGAUCAUCCAGAUCAAGAAACCAUACCAUUGAUAUUGGGUAUCCUGACGGACUUCAUUAAGAGCACCGAACCUGGAAUAGAAGCUGCUGAGGGUAAGGUGAAAUUCUGGUCAUUAUGCGAGAGUCUAGUAUACUUCAAGGGGGAGAUCGUGGACAUGGAUCUCUACGAUGAGAGCAGGUCUUUGAUCCAUCAAGGCACUCUUGCACGGAGGCAACGCACGGAAGUCGAUUGGUCGGGGUGGAAUGACUUGUUCGUCGCUUUGCUUGAUAAUUAUUUGCUCCUGACGAAAGAAGAAUUACGCAAUGGGACAGUCCGUCACCUAAUCAUGUCGCGGCCAAUACCCUUGGAAUACCUGCGUCUGGGGUCUUUCAACAGCCCUCCCGAGAGCCGCAAAGAGCGAUCGGAGGAGGGAGGCAUACUGGAAGCAUUAAAGCCCACUUACAGAUCGGUGUACCCUUUCACUGUCUAUCAUGCGUCCUCCAAGUCCUCGCGCCGGUAUACCCUCUAUGCCGACUCUGAGGCAUCCCGACGCAAGUGGCACGCCGCACUGAUCGACGCGCUCGCUGUUAGGAAGGCCAGACAGGAAGCCAACAUGUGGUAUGCACCGGUCACCCUUGACGACGGAUCGUUUCGUGUGAUAUCGCCCCGUAUACCAUAUAAUUCAGGGACGAAAUUUACGGGGAAAGUUACUGCCGCUGCAUCUUUCGUCAGUAUGGGUCGGAAAUAUCUUGCAGUAGGGUGUGCGACGGGGAUCUAUCUCGCUCCGGUAGCGAAGGCUGGAACAGCAGGAGCUUUCCGCAAGGUUCUUGCCUGCUUCAAUCCUACAUCAGUAGUCGCAUUGCAAGAUUUCAAUCAAUUCAUCAUCCACCACGAGUCCACGUUAUGGAGCUAUUCCCUGGAUAUGAUAGUGCGCGUCAGUCAAGGACAGGCAUCUCCUCAGGGGCUCGAAGCUUCACGGCAGAAAGUAUGUGGUGAUAAAGGGAAUGUUGUCCUCUUCCGCGUUGCUAUCUUCAAUCAAAGGACCAUAGUUUUCUACGCGGUACGGACACUCCUAUUGCAAACGACCCUUCAUACGGUCGAAGUGGUCGAUCCUGGGGUCAACAUUACUCCGCGGAGGCACAAUCCGUCCGUAGAAGCGUUGUCAUUCCGUCCGAUCUACGAGUCUCUCAGCAUCCCCAAAGACACGCACGACGUGACUCCCCUCGCCAAGACUCUGGCAGUGUGUACUGAUAAGAACAUCUUGAUUUAUGAUCCAAAGACGCACGCAUAUGGAAAUCUACCUGUCAUCACACUAAAGCAGCGUUGUGACGCUGCGCGACCUCUGGGUAUCAUUCGAUGCAGCUCACAAGAACUAUUGGUUGUAUAUGAUGAUCUGGGUUGCUAUAUUACCAGACACGGUGAGCCGGGUCGCCGCGCGGGUUUCCUCCGUUGGGAGACUAGAGCCACGUCCUUUGCCUACAGAGGCGAUCAUAUCCUGCUGUUUUCCUCUCAGUUCGUUGAGAUUCGGGAUAUCCAUACCGGACGCUUGGUGCAGGUGAUAGAAGGGAGCGAUAUUCGGCUGGUGUACACCGGAUACAAGCGGAGCGAUCCCAUUCUCGUGGUCAUGCGCGGCACCAAAGACGAUGCAGAAGGUACAAGUGAGAAGAUUGUCGACUUGACUCCUACCGCGGAGAUAGAGACCCCUGGGCAGGCGCCAACUCUGGCAAACCGCGAAAUUUGGGAUGAGUGGGAUAUGAUAUGA